AUGGAGGCAUUUGAUGAUAGUGAACCAUCUUCACCCAGGUUGGCUGGACAAUCGGCCAACACACCAAAGAAAGCUGGACGUAGAAAGAUAAAGAUUGAAUUCAUUGAAGAUAAGAGUCGACGUCAUAUCACAUUCUCAAAGAGGAAGGCUGGCAUCAUGAAGAAGGCAUUCGAACUAAGCACAUUGACCGGCACCCAAGUGUUAUUAUUGGUGGCAUCAGAGACUGGCCAUGUAUAUACAUUCGCAACGUCAAAGUUACAACCACUGAUAUCACGACCAGAUGGAAAGAAUAUGAUUCAACAAUGUUUGAAUGCAACAGAGUCUGUGGCUACAUCGACUUCCACUUCCAAUUCCACUGCGACCACACCAAAGUCACCGCCACCCACUGCCAGUCCAUCAUCAGCAUCAUCCACGCCAUCAGUACCAUCUUCAUCAUCAUCGUCCACGUCAAGUGUACGCAUCAACUCACUCAACAACACCAUCAACAAUCAAUCCCACAUCAUGUCCAAUCACAGCAUCCUACUCAUGGACAUGGACAAGGACAUCCAGUUCAAGCGACCAAUCAUUACGCGUCAUCCCACAAUCAUCAUCAACAACAACAUUAUGGACAUCCAGACCAAACAUCAAUGUUACAUCAUCAACAUCAAUAUUCAACAAGUCCGAACUCAGAGUCCAUCUACAAUGAAGAUAAUCAUUGGUCCACCAUCAAAGGAUGCUAAAGUGGCAAUUGAGAUGAGAAACUACUACGCCAACAAUCACAAUCAUGUCCAACAUCAACAAGGAUCACUUGAUCAACACCAUCCAUCAGUUGUAGGAUAUGGCUACGCCAACAAUAUCCAACAACAACAUCAACAUCAACAACAACAACAAUAUUGCCAGCCUGCAAACAUAGGUCAUGUUAGCAGUGGUAGUGCCACGCCCAACAGAGGAUUCACACCUGGAGGUGGAGGCAGCGCAACGUCAUCACCGCCAUCAUCCAGCCAGUUUGCCUAUCCGCCGCCACACUCAAUGAUAGGCCAAUACCAAUAA